AAUCUGUGUAACCGUCAUAUUUUUAUUUUGCAUCUGUCAAAGUCAGAAAAAUAAAAAUAUCCGUUUCGAAAUCGCCACAGGAGUGAAAUUGAAACGCAAUUUUAAAAAAAGGAAGAAAAUCAUGAGUUUACGCGAAGAAGACCGACAGAAGAAUGGAUGCUCAAGUCGCGGCCUUGGUUUAGCUGCCGCGGCUAUUGGCGUCGGUGUUGGGGCCGCUCUGUACUACUUCUUCAGCAAGAGUCCUGAGAAUCCUUCGUCCGAGGGUGCUUCAUCGCAGGGAUGGGGCGAAUCACCACAGACCUUCAAUGAAUCAGAAUCAUCCUCAUCUAUAUCGGAGCACUCAGAAUCCAACUCAUUCUCAUCUACAUCAGAGCAACCAGAAUCCGAUUCAUUCUCAACGAUAUCAGAGCACACAACCACGGACACUAGUUUUGAAAACUGCAGCGUCCGUAUAAAUAUAAACAUUGAGGAUGAGAGUGACAACGACGAGGAUAUCAGUAUGAAUGACUAUGAGAGCUAUAAUGACUCGGAUAUGAGUGUCGAGUCAAAUGAGUCGGAUCACCUCAGCUCUAGUAGUUCAGACAGUGACGUAGACAUGGACACGAGUGAGUCCUCCGACUCUGAGUCAAGUGUAUGGGAGAUUGAGAGCUCUUCGGACGUGCCGUAUCACUCUAGCAAUCACAACCGUCACUCUAGCUUCAGAAAUUUCAUAGAUGGUAUCCAACAAAUUGGAAUGUCGAUUUCACCCAUACUAUCCCCUCGUUUACAAUUAAUUUCAAGUCCCAGGAUCACACGGCAACAGAAGACAGACUUCACAAUACACCGCAGAUCACAAGUCUUCCGUGAAAGGUCGUGGACCCUGGAAGAGUGCUCCAUCUGCUUCGAGCUCAUCCUGCGCAACCAGGAGGUGAUGAGCCUCCCCUGCACGCACCACUUCCACCAGGCGUGCAUCCUGCCCUGGCUGCAGGAGCAGCAGACGUGCCCCAACUGCCGCAAGACUGUCGACAUUUAGAAAUCUUCGCGUUGAUUCUUCAGAAUUGGCACCUUGACUCAGCAGGCACUGAGUCGUCAAACAUACAGCUUGGCUGAACUCUGAAGAUCUACACGAUUAUUAAAAAAAAAAACGAUAAAUCUAGUCUUCGUAUCUUUAGGCUUUAGCCAAACUAUUGCAAAACAAUAAAUCACAGACUAAAGGAAAAAAUAUAGACAGAGAAAAGAUGUCAUUAAAAGACAUGUCAUUAAAAGACAUAUAAGACAGCCUGCAGUUUGAAAGCUGAAAUUGUCGUGUAUUUUAGUUUUAUACAUCAAAAACACAAAAUCAAAAAGUAUAUAAAUUAAAUUUAAUUUAAGUAAAGUAAUGUGUCAUUUUUAGUAACUUCUUGACAACUUACUAAAAACUGAGCGCGUUUUUAAAUUAGUGAUUGGUUUAUUUCAGAUUUAAUAAUAAAAGAUGUAAGUAUGACAUUAAAAUUUAUAUGACCUAGUGACAAUUUGACAGCUGACUUUAAUAGUUUCAAGGAAAUCACAUUAUUCCAGUAUUCAUAUAUCCGACAAUAGUAUUUUAUUUCUUAUUUAACCCCUGUUAAAUAACAAAUAAAUUACUCAAAUGGCCGCAAAAAGAAUUAUGGAUAAUUUGUUAUUCUUCCAAAAUGUGCGUCUAUCUUUUCACUUCAGUCUGUGUUUUGCCUCGACAACCGCUGUCACAGCACUGUCAUUUUCACAUUUAAAAAAAAAGUUUAAAUCUCUGGUAGCAAUAAUAGGGAACAAUGGUUUUUGGAUAUUAGUUAAUUAAACUGAUCGCAUUUUACAAUGGUUAACUUUUGGAACAAAUAAUUAAAGAAUUAAAGAUAAGUAUGUCUCAUUAAACGUAGGCGUCUACUUGACCGUACGGACGUAACGCAUCAAACGGAUUUUUAAUUUGACGGUAGAUAAAAUCCGUUCGAUGCGGUUUAGUGGACGCACUUGUAUGUCUUUCUAUCGAAAGAAUACUAAAAUCCGUUUGUUGCAAUGCGUCCGAUACGUACGACGCGGAUUAGUGGACGUAAUUGUAUGACUUUCUAUAGAAAGAAAACUAAAAUCCGUUUGUUGCGAUGCGUCCGACAUGUGCGAUGCGGAUCAAUGGACGCACUUGGACAACUUUAUAUAAAGAUUACUACAAUCCGUUUGUUGCGAUGCGUCCGACACGUACGAUACGGAUCAGUGGACGCCUACUCUGAAGCGUCCAUUGUAACGUGCGAACAUUAUAGAUAGGCUUUUUUUUGAUAAUAUAAGUAGAUGUAGAUAAAAUAAUUUUGUAAUUUAAAUGAAUAUGUAAUUUCGAAAAAGGCACAUCUCGGACAUUCUAUACAUACAUCUCACAAAUAUAAAAUAUCUCAUAAAAUGAAAAAAAAAAAUCUUAAUAACAUAGUUACAUUAAUUUAAAAAUAAUUUAGUAAUUUUCGAAGGCUAAUUAAUUAAAAGUUACUUUUAGAAAUUAUACAUUGGUUAUAAUAAUAAUUUCUUUAUUAAGGAUAAAAAUCCACAUACAAAAGUAUAAUAAUUUAAAUAUACGUCGUAAAUUAAACUAAAAUAUUAAAAUGACACGGUAUGAUAUCUUAUAAUUAAUGAAAAAUAAAAAUAAUUCGUAAUAAAAUUGCACGUCAUCUUAUAACUAAUUUUACCUACUUUUUAUUUGCGUCCCGGUGAACACGUCGCCAAUGAUUAUGAAAAUAAUUAGAUUUUUUUUUAAUUUCUUUUAAACGCUUUAAAUUUUCAGACAUGUGCCCUUUUCGAAAUUGCAUUUUCAAAUUAAUAUUGAAAAAAAAAACGUGGUCUGUCAUAAGAAAUAGAAAAUAUUUCGUAUACGUUAUCUGUAGUCCCAGAAGUGCGAUCGCGAUUUUUUUUUUAAAUGUUAAUGUUUUGAGUUCUUGUCCUUUCGCACUUUUUUUUUCCAUGCGUGACUGAGUUUAUUUUGAAAGUAAUAUUUUUUUAGAAAAUUGUGUAUAAAUACAUUUACUAUUAUUUACAUAUUAAAUGAAAUUGAUCGUAGAAUAUAAAGUAGUUGUGUAAAUUGAAUAGUUCAUAUUUUUUAAAUAAAAUCGAUUUAUAGAUAUAACAUAAAAUUAUUACAGUGAAAAAAAAAAAUGAAUUAUUUAUCUGUUGUUUGUUACUGCACUUAGAACGAAGUACAUAUUAGUGUGAUAUUAAAAUGUAUUUUAUAAGUAUUUAUAAAUUAAAUUACAAUUUAUCAAGGCCCCUGCAGAUUUACUUUUUAUUCUUAACCGAGUUCAAAAAAGAAGGAGGUUCUCAAUUGGAAGCAUAUGUUUUUUUUUUUUUUUUAAUGUUUGUUAAGUACCUCAUAAUUUCGUCAUUCACUAACCAAUUUAGAAAAUUCUUUUUUUGUACACUUCCAGAUUGGUUACAUUUCAUUUUCAUGAAAAUCUGUUUUAAAAAAAAUGUGUUAAAAUCAACAACUGAAAUACGUUUUUAAAGUAGAUUCCAUUUUUAUGAUAAAAUUAUUAUUAAUAUUCUAUUAAUAUUAAUUAAUAGUCUGUCUAUUAAUAAUAUUUAUCAACUAAAAACUAUGAUUAUGAUUUCCUAAAUGAUGAAUUUAUCUCUGUAUAGAAAUGGUUGAUGGUCUAAAUCAUUGUUAUAGUCUGAUGCAAUCUUGUGACGCCUCGGAAAUAAGUAACAAAUAACGCCCCUGCGUUACUGAUGAUGCCUAAAAUCUUGUACUGCGCAGUUUAACGCACGAUGUUCCGAAAGCCUUAGUAGAUACAAACUUUGUAACUUAUGGCUUUUUAUAUAUUUUUUAAUGUAGUAAUGCCUUUUUUUUCACGUAAACUAUGCAGUUCAAAGAAUACUUCUAUAACUAAUUUGUCUUUGUGUAUUAUUUAUUUUUCCAAUUUAUUUAUAAGCUUGAAGAUCAUGUUUCUACUAUUGUAUCUAUAUAACUUUUUGUAAAUUAUUAACAAUUUCUUUAUUUCUUUUUAACAAUUAAUUGAUUUACACCAAAUUCAAGUCCAUUUAUUAGUAGUCUUAUUUAUUUAAGUAUUUGUAUAAUUUUCAUACGUACAUACCUAUUACACAAUUUAAAAAAAUGUCAGUUUAUUCAAGAUGUGUUUGUUUAGUAAUAGAGAAGUCUGCGGGGGUGAUUGUUAAAAGAAAAAUAAAUUAACAUAUUAUUUUCAUUAGUUAAAAAAAAAUAUUAUUUACGUCAAGAUUGCUCAAACCUUUACUUUCUUCAAACCUUUUCUUACUCGUAGUACAUUGCCUGCUAGAUAAUUUGUUAAAUAAUUAAAAAAAUAAAUUAAAAAAAAAAUACACCCUGUAGUGGUAGAUUUUCCGUCCAAUAAUUUGUAGUUGUAGUAAUAAUUGAAAAAUCAAAAUGGCGUCGCCGUCGGGUCGAUUAUACCAGCUUUCAUACAAACACAAAGUUCUUACUCCCUAUACUAUUUAUUAUAUUAAAUUUACCAAUACCAAUUUUGUUGUUCAGGAACUCGAUGUUAAUUUAAAUGUCCAAAAUCAUGUAAAUAUUAAAAAUUACGUACUCAUUAAUCUCGUCACACGAAGUUGAACUUCAGGGGACUCCUUACUAUGUGAAAUAUUUUAUUAAAAUUUAUAUAUCAGGCGUUCUGUCGUGUGCAUCACGGCAUGACUGCGUUAUGACUUGUGCGUCACAUGACUGCGUUAUGACUUGUGCGUCACAUGACUGCGUUAUGACUUGUGCGUCACGGCAUGGCUGCGUUAUGACUUGUGCGUCACGACAUGACUGCGUUAUGACUUGUGCGUCACGGCAUGACUGCGUUAUGUCUUGUGCAUCACGGCAUGACUGCGUUAUGACUUGUGCGUCACGGCAUGGCCGCCGUAUUAUUUACAUAAUAUAUACCUACGGGCCGAUUUUUCAAUCGCUUUUAAUAAAUAGGCUAAGUUUGUAGGUAUAGAAAUUACAGUCAAAACUUCAGUUCCAUAUUUUUUGUUAAUUUUUUAUUGAAAAAUCGGCUCUAAAGGUCUUAGUGUACAGUUGUCCUGAUUCUAAAAUGUCGAAAAGAAAAGGAAUAGUUACCUGACAAUUUUGUGAUAGAUUUAAAACUAUUUCGUCACUUGUAAUUAAAAUUAAUGUUGUUAUGGAUGAUGACAUAUCAUUGUUAAUAUAUUUGUUUGCAAUUAAUUGUCAUGCUUUAUUGUAAUAAUGAACAUAUUGUGAUAAUUACUAAUUAAUAAAAAGUUUGAAAUAAUAAAGUUUCUUUUGUAAUUA